AUGCUAAUAGUUGAUGAGCAGUUGAAGAUAGGACCCGAUCCAUUAUACAGUCCUAGCCACCAUUCAAUAUCAAUGUCGGAAGAUAUUGAAAGAAGCGAUAGUGACAGCAUCGAGAGCCCAACAGACAAAUACAGAAGACCUUGGAUUUAUGAGCCAAGGGCUACAAAUUUCUUUGUAAGACUUAUUACGAGUCUUUAUGCCUUGAUUCUUACAAUUAUUGCGCUUGUCGUUGAAGUUUCGCCGAGUUGGAGGAAAGAUAUGUGGAUUGCAGAAUCGGUUUUCUAUAUUGCCAUGUACUCUGGCGGAAUAAUAUUCUUCAUUUAUUGCUAUGUAUUCAUUAUCUAUCCAACCCCUUACAAUUUCGUUAUUUCAAUGUUGACAAAGUAUCGAAUCAUUAAGAAUGCUGACCAUUGGUUCAUUAUGAGAAGUCAGCACAAUGGGGAAGGCGCUGGAACAUUGUAUUUGAGACUUGGCGCACUAUUUUUUGGAAGCGUUGGAAUUGUUCUUUUCGGUCUUGAAUUAUUUCUCUGUAUUGAAAACAAGGAAUCCAAUAAAAUGGGAAUCGUGAAAAUGACAGUGGCGAUCGUUUUUACGUUUAUUCAAAUGCACUUCAUUUUCUGUAAUUCCAAAAUAACCGUAAACGGGUCUCAGAACAUAGUCGCGCUUGGAAUGAUGCAUUUGAUAUCUGUGAAUCUUUGGACCUGGUUUCGAUUUGUACUAGCCAAACAGGAGGCAAAAGCAUUGAAAAAGGCUCAAUUGAAGCAGACGUUCCGAAAAUAUUUUUCGUCCUCAUUUUCCGAUGAAGAUGACAAGGAUGACGAUAACAGCGCUGAAAGUGUGCUAGUAGCAGUAAUUAAUGAAACAACCGGAACAACAACACCAAUGCCAGCGUUCGGCCGACUGUUUGCACUAGAGCAAUUCGGAGAUGUUGCCACAUUCCUUACAACGUGCAUCGUUGAGUACUCUUUAAUUGGUGCCGCCAUUAUGUUCAUCCUAUGGAAAUCUGUGGGACACUCGCCAACACAUCAAUCAACAUCUGGCAAGAGAAAAUUUCGAAUGAGGAUCGAUUGCAGCUCAUCAUCAACUGGACUUUUUGCCGGAAUAAUAUUUCUAAUAGGUUCAUUAGUGUCCAUUGGAAUGUAUACCAUUUUCGAAACUUUGCGAAAUAGUGCCGGAGCGCAAUUAUUAUUCGGAAUUGUCGAUUUGUCUCUAUUUUCAAUUGCAUUGGGAGCAUGUAUUAUAGGACUGUUCAGAAUGCGACUUUUGCAAUAUCGAAUUCAUGCUCAUGGCGAGAUAAUUGAUGAGAUCUUGCUAAUUAUAGGAUUAAUUGGAGAAUUAUUGUAUUGCGCUGUAGGAAUUGACGUUUUCAUCGCGUGUCAGAGAGCCAACGAUUUUUCUGUGAGCGCCUUGCCUGCGAUAGUGUUUGUUGUUCGGAUGAUGCAAGUGGUGGUGCAAUCCGCUUUCAUCCUGACUACUUCAAGGCUUCGAUGCCUUUCAAAAUAUGCGAUGAAGCAUAAGCCGGGAAAAGAGAUUAUCACCUUUUUGCUCGUUUCAAACGUCACUUUAUUUGUGUUCCACACAUUCGAAGGAAUGAAAUCGAGUUUCGGAUUCUCAAAUAAAGCUGGAGCCCAGUAUAAUUAUAUUAUUUAUGCGGUCGGACCACUUCUUGUUUUUUAUAGAUUCCAUAGCUCUGCAUGUCUCGCCGAGAUCUGGAAACACACUUAUAGCAUCAAAACGCAGGAGCCGGACAAUCACAACAUUUGCUUAUCGGACUCCAACCUCACUGCUAUUACGCCAAUAUCCGAUCAUGGAAAAAUUGAAGAGCAAUCGAUAUCGCUCAAAGACCAUUAA